AUUCAAAUUUUCUGCAUAAUAAUCAAAAAGUGCGAUGAGAGGGAAAGUGCGAGCGAGCUUUGACGGAGGUGGAACGCGCGGCAAGGGGACGACACAGCACUGGGAGAGAUUCGAACAUAGAGGAAAGAAUCGAUUAGCAUAUGAGGGGAAUGUUGCACGGGGAAACAGAUCUAGGAAACCAGACAUUUGGGGAUACGAUCGACGGGUGUAUAACCAGGCCACUGUGUUUUUCUUUACUAACUUCUCUGAGGAUUGGAGUCAUGAAAGCAUGUGGCGAACUUUUCAUAAAUAUGGAAGAGUUCUGGACAUAUACAGCCCUAUGAGGAAAUCAACAAUGGGGAGCAGAUUCGGGUUCGUCAGAUACUUAGAUGUAAGAAACGAAUGGGAAUUGGAGCUGCAACUAGAUCAAAUCCGAGUGGGGGAGUACAAAAUCUGGGUCAACAGACCAAGGUUUACAGAAAAUGAAAGCCACAAGAGAGCAAAUGCAGGGCAUGUGGAGUUAGGAAAAGCUGGAGUGCAAAGAACUUAUGCAGAAGCGGUGAAAGGAAACCUUGAAAUCCGAUCAGAAACAGAGAAAGGGAAGCAAGCAAAGGGGGAGAAGGAACAGAUAUGGGAUGUGAUCAAAGGUGAUAUGAUGGGUUUUGUAGACGACUUUCACAAAAAUGGGAGGCUGGUUAGAGGAUCAAAUUGCUCCUUCAUCGUGCUACUACCCAAAGUUACUAAUCCCCAGAAGAUCGAGGAGUUUAGGCCCAUAUCCUUAAUCGGUGUAAUGUAUAAGGUGAUUGCGAAGCUCCUUGCGAACAGAAUCAACUCAGUUCUGGACAAUAUCAUCGGUGAAUGUCAAAUGGCUUUUAUUAAAGGAAGGCAAAUAGUAGACAGCAUCGUAAUUGCCAAUGAAACAAUUGAUGCAGCGAAGAGAAAUAAGAUUGCCAGCUUUGUUUUGAAAGUAGACUUCGAGAAGGCAUACGACAAGGUGUGUUGGAAGUUCCUGGAUUACAUGAUUUCGAGGAUGGGCUUUGACUCUAAAUGGAGAAGGUGGAUAAAUGAAUGCUUAAAGACAGCAGAGACGUCAAUUCUUCUCAAUGGCAGUGCCACUAGACAAGUGAAAAUCAAUAGAGGCCUGAGACAGGGAGAUCCACUCUCACCCUACUUAUUCUUACUAGUCGCAGAAGGUUUAAAUGGUAUCAUUUCUUCAGCAAUCAAUCAUGGACUAUUUGAAGGAAUCAAUAUUGGCAACAGGGGUAUGAUAAUAUCUCAUCUUCAGUUUGCCGAUGAUUCAAUUCUGUUCGGUAAGGCCACGGAGGGUAACAUUUGGGCAGCAAAGAGCAUAAUGAGAAUUUUCAAGCUGGCAUCAGGAUUGAAGAUUAAUAUCCAGAAAAGCCAACUCUUGGGAAUGAAUGUAUCAAAGGAAUGGAUGUCAAAAAUGUCCUAUAUUUUAAGCUGCAAAGAAGGAGUAUUCCCCUGCAAGUAUUUGGGGGUACCAAUUGGAGGCAAUGUUAAAAGCACUUCUAUGUGGAAGCCCUUGAUUGAGAAUUUUGAGAAGAAGUUGAGUUCAUGGAAAGGCCGGCUACUCUCCUUUGGUGGAAGGAUUACUCUCCUCAAUGCUGUGUUGUCCAGCCUCCCAGUGUUUACCAUGUCCGUUCACCUGCUACCAAAAGGUUUGAUCCUUUCUUUAGAUAAAAUUCGUAGGAAUUUUCUCUGGGGGGGAAGGGAAGGAAAGAGAAAGAUUAAUUGGGUUUCAUGGGACAAAGUUUGCAAAAAUAAGUUGAUGGGUGGGCUAGGGGUGAAAGACCUCAGAAAAUUCAAUCUAGCUUUGUUGGGGAAAUGGUGGAGUAGACUCGCUAGAGGGGAAGAAGGGUUGUUAUACAAAACUAUCAAUCACAAGUAUGGGAGUAUAGAGGGUAGGUGGACUAAAUGGGUACAAGAGUAUAGCCAUAGGAGUUCUUUAUGGUGGAGAAACAUUUGUAGGAUUGAUCACCUUGAUGCAUCUAAUGAGGGAUGGCUAGCUGGAGGUUUUAAAUUGAAAAUAGGAAAGGGGAAUUCUGCCAACUUUUGGAUGGAUACAUGGAUAGGGGAUCAACCCCUUGUUAACCGGUUCCCUAGACUUUUUCUUGUUUCAACAGAUAAGGAAAAGAGGAUUUCCCAAAUGGGAAUAUGGAGGGAAGCAAAAUGGCUAUGGACUUUAAACUGGAGACGACCACUGUUUGAGUGGGAGGAAGACAACUACUCUGAGAUGCUAAGAUUACUCAACCAUUUUCAACCAAUCCAAGAUCGCAAAGACAGCUGGAUAUGGAGGCACACUAAAGAGGGAGAGUACUCUGUCAAAUCAGCAUAUGCCCUUCUUUCCAGCAACAACCAAGAUAGCAGAACUCAGAUGCAUGCAAGGACAUGGAGCAAACUUAUCCCCACAAAAAUCAGCGCAUUCGGUUGGCAAGUCUUGCAGGAUAAAAUCCCUACUAAGCUUAACCUUUAUAAGAGGGGAAUCAUAACAGACCCUAGCCAGAUUAUCAAGUGUGCACAAUGGUGGAGGUUCCUCUCAGUCCAUCCGAAGAAUUGCCUUGAUGAUUUUGAACAACAAAAACUCCCUGUAAAAGACCCUCCAGUGAGAGCUGGGUGGGAUGUGGUUUGGUUCUCCAUCAUAUGGUCACUGUGGUUAGCAAGGAAUGUAAGGAUUUUCAGAAAUCAAGAGCAUGUGGCAGACAAAAUCUUUGAGCUGGCACGAUUAAGAGCUUUCAGCUGGAUUAAGGGCAGGACAGCGAGCUACUCAUUCAGCUUUCACGAUUGGAUGCUGGAACCAAUCCUAUGCCUCAAAGAUAAAAGAGGUACUCAUUAAGUCUAUUUUGUUGUUAUGUAUGAAUUCCUCAUAUUGCCACUGAGCAGUUAGUUGACUUCUGCUGUUUCCUUUGCUGGUUUAUUCUCUUGUGUUUUAUUUGCUAAAGUCAGUGAAUGCUCAGUGAUUGCCUAUUUUUGUACUAUGGGCAGGAGUACCCCUUGUACUCCAUCAAAUAAAAUUAUUUUGCUGUG